CUGCAGUGCGACAACUGGGACGAGUCAGCGCUGCAGAUACUGACGAAACCGAAAGGCUUUUAUUCGUCUGAAGUAUUUUAGGACAUGGCCGCUUCGUUCAUAUGUUGACAGCGUGACCAGUCGAUAGUAUUUCUCCCGGGAACAGUCUAUGCCACCGUGUUACUGGGCUUAAGAAUACACCAACGUCAAAGCUAAGGAGCUACUUAAGCUAGCAGUUAUACUAGCUAAAUAAAGCUAAUGCUGCAUUCAACGACUGUAGGAAAUAUUGAAUUUACUAGUGGAGUUUAGCCUGAACGCUCCUUCUAGAUCUUGUAAUUUAUUUUCGCAGAAAAUUGUUUAACUCAUUGUACGUGUUCAGAUGUUUUGAGAGAUUAUACGCCGUGCUGCUACUACUACUUUCCUCAAACGACUCGAGUAGUAAAGUUGACAAUGUCUUGUGGAUAUCCAGACGUUCAGGUUUAAAUCACCCAAACUGAAGGACACAACAGCAUCCAACAGGACUUGAGUGAUAAUAUGCGACUGGUCACAUUACUGGAAGUCGUAACGUGUGGCGUGAGGCUGCGUAUUAGGAGUUUACGCGGAGUACCUGAAGGCAGCAGAUCCUGUCCCGUCCCGCAAAGUUAGCUAGCAUUAGCAGAGGAUGCAGCUAGCCGGCAGGAGAGGACCGCAGCAUCAGCAUCAUCCAUACACGAUGACAUAAAAUAUUCACCAGAUUAGUUUACUGUACGAGACGACGGUGAGGGAUUUCUUUUACACGGGAUAAAGAUGAGUCGCUUCUGCUCGGACAACAACAACUUUCCGUAUGACAACAACGUCCUAGUUUUGGACAUGGUGCUGGGCUCUCUGUGGGGAGUGCCUCAGCCCAUAAACUGGGACAAUGUGGCCAAGCUGGUACCAGGCUUCACUCCCAAGGAGUGCGCCCGUCGAUUUGAGGAGCUGAAGAGCACGGGGGGGUUCCCUCACGUGGACAACCAAUGCAACACCCUGACAGAAGGAAGCACCUCCCCGUCAGACGGCUUGUCCACGCUGCUGGACACUGGCGAGGUGGUGGAGAGAGGAAGCAGCCAGAGCAGCAGCAAAGUUACAGGCUCCAAGUCGACGCCUUCAGGAAGGAGUGGUGCUGUGGAGAAAAAAGAGAAAAGAGUCUCGGUAGAGGAAGAAGACAAACCUCAGAAACCACGAGAUCCCAACAUGGUCAUCCACGUGUGUGAUGAGACCAAGAACCUGAAGCAGGACUUCACGUGUCCCAGAGAUCUCCUGGUCAAAGAAAUGCGCUACUUUGCUGAGUAUUUGUCUGUGGACCCUCAGAGGUGGGAGGAGGUGGACAUCUCAGUUCACUGUGACGUGCAGAUCUUCGACUGGCUCAUGAACUACGUCAGGAGGAACUCUGCAGGAGAGGGGAACAAGGACAAACCUCGGCUCGAGCCCAGCAAUGUGAUCUCAAUCCUGAUCUCCUCCGAGUUCUUGAAGAUGGAUACGUUAGUGGAGGAGUGUAUCCAGUACUGCCACAAACACAUGAGCGCCAUUGUUUCCACUCCCUGCAACAUGAACUGUAUCAAUAGCAACCUGGCAACACGGAUCGCUGAACUCUUCAACCACAACGAGGCUGACGACAUCAGGGACAAAAAAGACAAGUUCAAAAGCAAACUGUUCCAAAAGAAAAUCGAGCGUCUCUUCGAUCCCAACUACCAGAGCAGAGAUUCACCGGGAAAUGCCUCAACUCUCUACAGGUGUGGUCUGUGCCUUAAGCUGCUGACCAAAGACACAGAGAGGAAGAUUUCUUGUGUCCCAGGGAAAAUCAACAUUGAUCCUCGUGGAGAGAUCAUCUAUACACACACUAGACAGAAGAGCUGGGAUGUGCAUGAAUACAUCACAAGCCUGUAUGAGGAGCUCAAGUCCUGGGUCCUAGUUUACUGGAGAAUCUGGGGUACUAUCAACUACCUCACCUGCUCCCGAUGCCAACAGGUGUUUGUGUGUGCAGAGCUGACCCAUUGCAAGUACCACCCCAACAGUGUGCUGUAUCCUGGCAUGGGUGCAGAAAAAGGCUGGCAUGGUGCAGGAAUGUAUCCCUGCUGCAACCAGCGGGUUCUCCGCUUUGACCCCACUGGGAUGCCCAAGGGCUGUAAGAUGCGAGACCACAUCGUGAACGUACCUGAUGAGGAGAACUGUGACGAGGUGACAUCUGCCCAGACCAGAGUUCUCAAUGACCUGCUGCUGCACAGAGACGCAGUGUGUUUGUCUCACACACCCCCUGCAGAGGGAGCUGAGGAGAGUCCGCCCGGUGCAGAGAAGGUCCAGGACUGUGACGUCCUCUUGGAGCCGACACUCCUCGGUCCACUGAGAGGAGACGGCAGCACUUUUUCCCUUUUGAAAAACUGGAGUCUUCAACUGAGGCAGCAGUCGCUCCUGUCAGAGGAUGAGGAGUACACCACCGGGUCAGAGGUCACUGAAGACGAGGUGGGGGACGAAGAGGAGCAGUCCAAGAAACAAGCUGCUAAGAAGGCCAAGAAGGCCCACAGACCUCUGAAAAAACAAAUGUCGUCUCCAAACUUCCAACGCAAAGAAAAAUCUGAGAAAUCACAGACCAGAGACAACACACCUUUCAUAGUGAGUGUCCAGAAAAGUAAGUGGGACAGCUCUCGCUCCAUGCGCUACAACCAGGACGCUCAGAGAGAAGAAGAUCAGCGUCGCAUGGUGGAGAUCAUUGGCCACCUGACUAAGAUGAGGUUUGGAGAGCAGGAGCAGAGUAAAUCCAAGGAUACUAAAGAGCCUGUAGGGGGAAUCUACUCCAGACUGGAAGCACAAUUCAAGAGUACCUCUCAAACCAGACAGAGUGCAGAAAAGACGCCCAGAUCUAAAAUCCGUUACGCUCAGGUCCGAACGACAUAAAAGGACUCGAUGAGACAGAAACCACCGAGCUGUUCAAGAGACCAGCGCUUAGACCAGAUGAAGAGGACAAAGAGGAAGGAGGAGAGUCCUUCUGUGAGGGCUCGUCCUCCCGGCAGCCCCUCCAGCACGGCCACCACUUAUAACCCAGCUGUGGACCCCCCUCAGUCCUUCCCCUUGUCAGUCCCGUUCCCUCGCUUCUUUGCUUAACUCAGGUGACUAUGUAUGGAUCACCAUCAACUGCAUCCUACUCUGUCGCUCAGCUCGCUGUUUAUUUGUGCAGCUGUGGCCAGUUCGUGAAAAACAAGGUGAACUGUGGAUCCAGCUCAGCUCGUAGGAAACGCACUCUGACUUCUCUCAGUGUUUCUGCAGGCACAGAUGUGUAGGGGUUUCUGAGACAUGCAUGGAAGUCCUUCUCUGCCAGUUAAAGAAUUAAAGAAAAACUAAAGUUAGACAUGAAUAUAGAAAUAUUUCGUGAUAAGUCGUUAUUUGGAGUCAGACGAGAUUAAUCCCUCAGUCAAAAUUUUGACUCAGGAAGUCCAAAUAAUGAGAUUAACAUUCAAAGCAAUUAAUCUAAAAAAAAAUAUGAGAUAGAAGGUCAAAAUUGUGACUAAGUCAUAAAAUGAGAGUAAAUUUUGAAAUUACAGCAUAAAGAAAUUUGAAUAAUUUGGAAGAAAAUCUAAAUAAUGAGAUAAAAAUGUCAAAAUUAUGAUGAAAAGCUAAAAUAAUGAGAUGAGAAAAUUAAAUGAGAAAGAAAAUUGGAAUCGUGAUUCUAAAUUUUAUGGGGGGGGAUAAUCUUUUCUUCAAUAUAUGUAGUGUUAUAAUAAUAUUAGUUUUUUCUUAUUCUGGGAGAAAAGGUCUUCUGUUGUGUUUCUGAAGUGACUCUAACGUUCACAUUAGUUUGAGUUCAUUAAUGCUGAAGAUCAGAGGAACAGAAACCUCGGUUUGUGUGAGUGAACCUGCAGACGGCGGAGCUUCAGGACCUUUAACUGAUGUCUAACUACUAAUCCUCAUUGUGUUCUGUGCUGAAGCGUCCGGUCGUCUGAUGCUGCACUAACUUACUAAUGUCCCCCCAGUUCUGGUAGAGAUCUAGCUCUCGUCAUUCCUGUGUGUGCUGGAAUGUGACUGUACUGUUCAACACUGGGACCAAUAAAACAGAAAUGACACCGA